UUCCGGCAGUCGUUAGGAGACGUCACCAACGCCGCGGCCGCCGCCAUCCACAGCCCUCCAUGAAGAAUAUGCCGGCUGCCUUAGUCUCCCGCGUGUUGAGGCGUAUUGCGCAGAAAUCAGCUCGCAGAGUGCCGGUGGCAUCCUGUAACUAUUCAAAUGAUGCUACAUUCGAAAUUAAGGAAUGUGAUCUUUAUCUGUUGGAAGAGGGUCCCCCUGUCACCACAGUGCUCACCAGAGAGGAGGGGCUUAAAUACUACAGGAUGAUGCUGACUGUUCGCCGCAUGGAAUUGAAGGCAGAUCAGCUGUACAAACAGAAAUUCAUUCGCGGUUUCUGUCACCUGUGCGAUGGUCAGGAAGCUUGCUGUGUGGGCAUUGAGGCCGGCAUAAAGCCCUCGGAUCACGUCAUCACAUCCUAUAGGGCUCAUGGCACAUGCUACACUCGGGGAAUUUCUGUCCGAUCGAUUCUCGCAGAGCUGACAGGACGAAGAGGAGGUUGUGCUAAAGGAAAAGGAGGAUCGAUGCAUAUGUAUACCAAGAACUUCUACGGGGGCAAUGGCAUCGUCGGCGCACAGGGUCCCCUGGGCGCUGGCAUUGCUCUGGCCUGCAAAUAUAAGGGAAACGAUGAGAUCUGUUUGACUUUAUAUGGGGAUGGCGCUGCGAAUCAGGGGCAGAUAGCUGAAGCUUUCAAUAUGGCAGCUUUAUGGAAAUUGCCUUGUGUUUUCAUCUGUGAGAAUAACCUAUAUGGAAUGGGAACAUCUAAUGAGAGAGCAGCAGCCAGCACUGAUUACUACAAGAGGGGCAACUUUAUUCCUGGGCUAAAGGUCGAUGGAAUGGAUGUUCUGUGUGUUCGUGAGGCAACAAAAUUUGCAGGUGACUACUGUAGAUCUGGAAAGGGGCCCAUAGUGAUGGAGCUGCAGACCUACCGUUAUCAUGGACACAGUAUGAGUGAUCCUGGAAUGAGUUAUCGUACACGAGAAGAAAUUCAGGACAUAAGAAGUAAGAGGGAUCCUAUAACCCUUCUCCAAGAUAGAAUGGUAAACAGCAAGCUCACUACUGUGGAAGAAUUAAAAGAAAUUGGGGCUGAGGUGAGGAAAGAAAUUGAUGAUGCUGCCCAGUUUGCUACCACUGAUCCUGAGCCACAUUUGGAAGAGUUAGGCCAUCACAUCUACAGCAGUGAUCCAUCUUUUGAAGUUCGUGGUGCAAAUCCAUGGAUCAAGUUUAAGUCCAUCAGUUAAAGGGAGGCUAGGUGUGAAUUUAUCAUCAGCCUCUCAAUGGAACAUUCAUGGUCAAAUUUAAGAAAACUGUGUUCUCAGCUCUGUUAAGUAGGAAUAAAACUCAUAAAAGCCUUUUAAACAUUUAUUAAAAGAUAUUAAGAGAUUAAAAGAGAUUGAAAGGCAUACAUUCAAUAAAAGUGGUAUUAUAUUC